CAAAGUAAAGAAAAGUCAAACUUACUUUUCCUUUUCUUUUGAACCAUGGCCGGCUGCACUCUCUUCUUGCUAUCCCUUUUCAACUUAAUCAAAUCCCAAAAAGUAAGGCAAAAUUAAAUUUACCUUGGAUACCUCAAAUUGCCGGCUGCACUCUCCCUCUUUUCUUUGUUUUUUUUUUUAUUAUUCCACCGUCAAUUGGCCCAUUGAAAAGUCUCCUCCACUUUAAAUAAAAAUCUAUUAAUUUUCAAAAGAAAUCCCAAAAGUAGGGACUCCUUGAAAAUUACCAUUAAUUUUGCUUUACCUUCUUCAACCUCCACGGGCCACCAUCACCUUGCAGCCGACUGUUCCUUCCAUUUUAUUUUGCUUCACCCAGAUCUACUCCAUUUUGCAUCUCCUUUAACCUUCAAAUUAAACUCUAGUCACUGCCGGUUGCACUCUUCAAUUUUUUUUUUAUUUUGUUUCUCCAAAUUCACCCAAAAUCAGCAACCCAUUUCCUUCAACUUUCAAGAUCUACUGCCGACUGCACUCUCUUCUUUUGCUUGUCCAGAUCUGCUCCAUUCAGUGGUCCCCCCGGCAACUCUUCUUGCCCCACAGAUCUGCUUGACUCGGCUUGUGACCGGUGAACCCCACUGCCGAACAGCCUUCCUCUACCAAAAUUAUCUCCAUGACCAGUAACCGAGAAGAACAACCCAUGCCAACCGAAUCUGCUUCCAUGGCCGGUUCAAAGGCCACUCCUUGCUUGAGGUCACCUCCCCCAAAUUUAACUAAAAUCUUUCAAAACCGUAACCUUCAAGACGAUAUAAACAGGGUACUCCAAAAACAGAAACCAUGCCAUUCAAGCCAAACUUUUGUUCCUCAUAGAAAAUCUCAGAUUUUGGGCCCUUAUUUUGUGUCUCAGCCGCCAGCUUCUCUUGCCUCCAUUUACCCACAACCCAAAGAACAUCUGCUCCCCUUUCAAGUAAAACCUGAUUGGAGUAAGUGGAUUGGUUCUUUUGGAGCUUGGCCGGUUUGGAGAAAAUCAGAAUGGGUAGAGUGGAUUGAUCGUCUAGAACCUGAUUUUGGCCAAAUUUGGAGAGAUGUGGGUCUGUUUGAAUUUAUACAACUCACCAGAUGCAGGUUCACCAUGGACAAGAUGGCCUUGGGUGCAGCUUUGUUAUUUUGGUCUGGCUCUUUCAAUUGUUUUCAUUUUCCCUGUGGAGCCAUGUCUGUGAGCCUUUUUGAUGUCAGCUCACUAACCGGAUUGCCCUGUACUGGAGAAGAGAUUUCAGCAUUGUUAACCGUGCCUCCAGGUGUUGAUUACAAUGUGGAGCUGAAACCCUCUUAUCCAGCCUUUGUGAGGUCUGCCUAUGACAAAAGUAAGCCUGUUAAUGUUGAUGAACAUAUUUCGUUUCUGCUUACUUUGAUUUGCAAGUAUAUAGUCUGCUCUGCUGGCAAAGGUCCCACCAAAGAGUUUAUUCCUUUAGCUGUGGCUUUAGCAUAUGGAAAACAAAUGGCUUUGGGUCCUUUCUUGCUGGCUCAUCUGUACAGGAGCUGCCAGGAUAUCACGGCUCACCCCUUAGUCAUUAGUGGAGUUGCCAAGAUAUCACGGCUCAUCCCAGCCCUUAGUCAUUAGUGGUGGGCCGCUUUGGGUUUUGCAGUUGUGGUUGUAUUUUUAUUUUCCAACCCUAGCUCCUGUCUCAUCAGUUGUUCCAGCCCGGGAUCUACUUACUUAUGGCUUCAUGUUCAAGAAUGUCGUGGAAAACAAAAGAAGCUUUGAAGAGUGCUUCAAGUUUUUUGCUUCUCUUUCUGUUGAUCGACCCGAUGCAGACUUUGCUGUGUUUCUUGGUAGAUCUCACGGUCCCUCAUGGUACAGGGUCGAUAUCGAAUCCCCAGAUUUCAGAGCAUUUUGGUCUGUUUGUGUGACCUCCCGGGAUUUGUUUGUUGGCUGUAGUUUGAACACUCUCAACUCCAGCUAUGGCAUGGAGCUUUAUGCACCGAACCAAUUCUGUCGG